AUGUCGAUCUCCAGUCUGUUGGCUAACCAAAUGUGGUGGCAGGAAGUCGAGCAGGAAUGGCAUGCACUGCUGCAAAGCAAGGGGAUGGGACCGAUACACAUCAUUGUACAGGGGCAUAUCAUGAUCAUGAACACGUUUGCGCAACAGAACUUAGGGGCUUCCACCAGAGCGCAGCUCUCCUGCCCACGCCAUCCAAAAAGUGCGACUAUGGACAAAGAGCAGCUCCAAGCCAUCCGCGACACCCUAAACAAGGCACACGUUCCUUCCAAGAGGGAUAAUGUCCUGGGCCGUCAGAGCUCAGCUGGGAAAGAUCUUAUCGAAGUGCGCGCAUGCAUCCUAAGCAGACCAUUGCCAGUCCUAACAGAAUUCUACAGUAACGACUUGGCCCCCCACACGCCCGUAAACAUUCGCACCAUUGCAACACGAAGGGGCUUCUGA